AUGGCGCAAAAGGCCAAGAAGGAUCGGGCCAAAUCCAACACGACAGCCCUCAACAACCUCCACAUCGGCUCCCUCCUCGUUCAUGGCCUCUUCUUGGUCUCGCAUCUCGUCUUCCGGUCUCGCUCCCUCGUCGCCUACGGCUUGUUCGCCGCCCCCAGCUUCAUCUGCGAGUACGUUCUGGAGGCUUCGGGCCGCCCCAAGUAUGACGCAGCCACGGGCGCUCUGAAAUCUGCCGGGGAGGACCUCGCUGCCGCCGGCCUGACAGAGUACCUGUUUGACGUUGUCUGGGUCACCUGGGCAUCUGCCAUCGCUGUCGUUCUGCUCGGAAACUGGGGCUGGCUCCUGUGGGCGGUGGUGCCUGCAUAUGGUGCGUAUCUGGGCUCGGGUCUUUGGGGCAUGGGAAGGCGGAACCUGGCGCAGAUGCAGGACAGAGAUUCACCUGGCGCUCCUCCUCGGGGAAAUCGCAAGGCACGAAGGGCGGCAUGA